AUGCACGCUCUGCCUCUACUCCUACUAAAUUUGGUUCAUCUGUUUUUGCGCAUCUCAGCUCGUGAAUUCCUCUUGCCGGGCUCCUCUCUCUCCAUAGAGGAUAGCUCCCAUAUGCUCCGUUCACCAGAUGGCACUUUCACCUGUGGCUUCAAAAACAUUUCCCGAAAUGCCUCCGUCUUCUCUAUUUGGUUCUCCAAUACAGUUGACAAGACUGUCGUCUGGAGCGCAAAUCAUCUCCAUCCUGUGUACUCCUGGGGAUCCCGAGUCAUGCUAUAUGCGGAUGGCGGAAUGGUUCUAGAGGAUUACAAUGGACAGUCCGUGUGGGAAAACAGUGUCAACUCUUCAUCAACAGCUGUAAAAGCUCAGUUAUUGGACACCGGGAACCUCAUCGUGAAGGGCCAAGGUGAUAUUAUUCUAUGGCAAAGCUUUCAUUCACCUACUGAUACAUUGCUGCCCUAUCAGAACAUUACCAGUGCUACCAAGUUGGUAUCUACUAGUAGGUUACUUAUUCCUGGGCGCUACAGCUUUCAUUUUGAUGAUCAACAUCUACUCACAUUGUUUGAUGAUGAGAAGGAUAUCUCUUUUAUCUACUGGCCAAAUCCUAAUAGUGACAUAUGGACAAAGCAAAGAAACUCGUUUAAUACCACCACAAUUGGGGUUCUUGAUAGUUGGGGGUAUUUCCUUGGAAGUGACAAUUUAAAUUUUAAGGCUAGUGAUUGGGGCAUUAGGAUUAUGAGGAGGCUAACCUUGGAUUAUGAUGGCAACCUUAGAUUAUAUAGUCUAAAUAAGACAGAUGGAACAUGGUUGGUCACAUGGAUGGCACUUCCUCAGACCUGCUCUAUACGUAGUCUAUGUGGUACGAAUGGAAUAUGUGUGUAUACACCUAGGCCUUCUUGUGCAUGUGCCCCUGGACAUGAGAUCAUCGACCCAAAUGAUAGGAGCCAAGGUUGCAGGCCGAAAUUCAAUACUAGUUGUGAUGGGCAGGAGAUGUUUGUGAAGCUACCAAACACUGACUUCCGAGGUAAUGAGCAAAGUAAGAAUACCUCAGUUUCAUUUCAUACUUGCAAGAAGAUAUGCUUGAACGACUGCAAUUGCAAAGGUUUUUUAUACUGGCAAGCAAGUGGAGGUUGCUAUCCAAUCCCUUUUGGGUGGUGA